AUUUCUUUUGGUGUGUUUAACGGGGAAAAUACGUUGGCCUUUGAUCUUUGAAUCUGCCUACGUCUUCUUCCAUUCUAACAUAAUUACCAUGUCUAAUGUUCGGGAGUACUUGUAUAAAUUCUUGGUAGUGGGAGAUCUGGGAACUGGCAAGACUAGUAUAAUCAAGCGUUACGUACACAACAUUUUCUCAAUGCACUACAAAUCAACGAUAGGAGUUGACUUUGCCUUAAAAGUCAUACAGUGGUCACCAGAAAUUGUCGUGCGUUUGCAGCUUUGGGAUAUUGCUGGCCAAGAACGAUUUGGAAACAUGACUAGAGUCUACUACAAGGAGGCAUUAGGAGCUUUUGUUGUUUACGACGUUACUAGACCGCAAACAUUCGAAGGAGUGCGGAAGUGGAAGGCGGACUUGGAUUCCAAGAUAUCGCUACCGGAGGCGUGGGGUGGUGGUAACAUCCCGGUUGUGCUCUUGGCAAACAAGAGUGACCUGAUAGGCGAAGGUCACGGCCAGCAUGCAAAUCCAACAGAAAUGGAUACCUUUUGCAAAGAGAAUGGAUUUAUAAAAUGGUUUGAAACAUCUGCUAAGGACAAUACUAAUAUCGACGAAGCGGCUCGGCAUCUAGUUACCACAAUUCUAGGCAUUGAAAGGGAACAUCUAGAUAGACAUGAUGCGGAAAACUUUGAAAAUAAUAAUCAACAAUUACGCGUCGACUCUCGCGACAAAAACCGAAAUGACGGUGGCUGCUGUUGACGCGUUGAUUCGUAUUCACUCUUCUAUUACGAACAGUCUAUUACCAGAGAAUAUCUAUCCUUUUCCCAAUCGUUUUGUAAUAUUCAUUCAGUUUCUUAUUCCCAAUAGUUUGGACCCAUAAAAGUAAAGGGGUUCUACUCAGUAUUACAUGUACGCAGUCGGUUGUGCGGAAAUUUGGCAUGUUGUGUGAUUGAAUUUCGCAGAGUUACUGCUUCUUUGGGCUACAAGGUGUGAAUGUUUGUUAAAACUGCUUCGCAGUUGAUAACAUGCAUAUGAGUGGAAAAGUUAAAGUUCUCGCGAAGAUGUUUCCUCAAAAGUGAGCUUGUCGAUACUAGCAGCACGCCAGUCUAUCUCGCUU